UGUACCGUGAAUUGAAAGCCCAGCAAUAACCUCAAGAUGUUGGAACGAAUGAUGAUCUUUUUGAUCAAUAUCUUCUUACCUCCUCUUUCAGUGAUGAUUCUCGCAGGAGUAGGCCCAGACUGCCUAAUAAACACUCUACUCUUCAUCUGCGGCGUGAUUCCCGCCCAUAUACACGGCUUCUACAUUUCUUGCACAUACUACAGCCGCAAGCGGAAAGUACGCAAGGGACGCUUCCCUGGUGGACGGAAGAGCUUUAUCUAUAGCCAACAGGUGAUCAAUGGGGGAGCAAGUGAUGAGAGAGUGAGAGAGUUAUGGAAGGCGAAGUGUAGAGCAGAGGAAGGCGGUAAUGGGAGAAAGAAGAGUGGUGGGCGGGAAGAGAGGACGCGGAGUGGGAGGGGAAGUGAUAGUGGAGGAAGUGGGGAGGAAAGGACAUGGGAUGGAAGGAGGGAGAGCAGGAGAGUUUGUACGAGGAAUAGUACCGCUGGGUCCAGGGCGAGUUCUGUGAGGUAUAACAAUCAUGGACAACCGAUGACUGAGGUGAAGGGGUGGAGGAUGUAA